AUGCAGACUGCUUCUACAAACAUUUGUGAAAGAAUGGGUCACUCUCAGCAUAGUGAAUUCAAGCGUGGUACCAUGAUAGGUUGCCACCUGUGCAAUAAGUCUAUCCGUGAAAUUUCCUUGCUACUAAAUAUUCCGUGGUUAACUGUUAGUGGUAUUAUAAGAAAGGGGAAGUAACUGGGAACAACAGCAACUCAGCCACGAAAAAUGACAGUGGGGUAAACGCAUGCUGAAGCACACAGUGCACAGAAGUCGCCAACUGUCUGCAGAGUCAGUAGCUAAGGACCUCCAAACUUUGUUUCCAGUGAAGGGAACUCUUAAGGCGUCAGCAUAACAAGACAUUUUGGCCAAUUUUAGG